AUGAUUGGUUCAGGGUUUUUCAAGUCCAAGGUUGAAAAUUAUUUUCCUAAAACCCCUAUAAGGUUCAAUAAAAGGCUUGUUAAAGAAGGCGAUGCCGCAACAGCAACAACUGCUACCACUGCUACUACUACCAACACUACUACUACUACUACUACUACAGAAUCCACUACUAUUCCCGAACUCAUCAAAAGCAAAAUCAAGGAAUUUGAAAAAGACUACACAUUCUACGUCAACCCAUUACUUUCUUCUGGACAUACUCAAACUGCAUAUACUGCUUUGAACAAAUUUGAAUCGCGCAAUUUGGUCUACUACAAACGACAGAUUAUAACUAUUGAGGACAAAACGUAUACUUUGCCCAAUGGAACAAAAUUAAAGUAUGAUCAAUGGAAAGGAGAGAGUACUGUAGCUCUUGAUUAUGCUAUGAAAACACCGGUUACCCCAGAUCCGGAUCAUCUAAGGUUUAGACCAAGUUCACAGCAAGAAGAAUUACCGCCAAGAACCGAGUUCAAAAAUCCUGAAGAAGAGUUGAUUGAAAACACAGAUGACAAACCAUUACUAAUUGUUUUACACGGAUUAUCAGGUGGGUCUUUUGAAGCUUACAUUAGAGCAGUAUUGGAGAAAAUAAUUGAAGAUCCAUACGACUUUGAUGCUGUUGUGUUGAACUCUCGUGGAUGUGCUCAUCACACCAUUACCAGUCCUCAACUAUAUAAUGGAUUAUGGACAAAUGAUGUGAGAUAUUUAAUGAAUGAGUUUGUCACUAAAAAAUGGCCCAAGAAAAGAAUAUACAUGAUGGGUUUUUCCCUUGGAGGUGCCAUAUUGGCUAACUAUCUCGGACAAGAAGCUAGUGCAGUAUCGCCACAGAUCAAGGGAGCUUGCAUGUUUGGAACGCCAUGGGAUUUCCCGGAUGGUGCACAUCACUUGAGGGCAAGCAUUAUAGGCCACAAUGUAUAUUCUCCAACAAUGUGCGCUAAUUUACUAAAAUUAUUGAACAAGCAUGGAAUCCUUACUGAAAAUGAAUUUGUUAAACAGUACCGGGAUGAUCCUUCAAAGUAUAAUGUCAAGUUUUUGAAAGAUUUUGAUAACUUCUUUACAAGUCGAUUAUUUGGUCUUAAUUCUGCUGACGAAUAUUACCGUUUGGCUUCUCCUGUUCAAAGAUUGUUAAAAGUUCGAGUUCCUACGUUGAUUAUAAGUUCCGUGGAUGAUCCAGUUACAGGUUCAAGAUCAUUACCUUAUUCUGAGUCGGAAUUAAACCCAUACGUGACAAUGGUGACGACCACUGUUGGUGGACAUUUGGGAUGGUUCACAUGGAAUGGAGAGAGAUGGUAUACUAUACCAGUUUGUAAAUUUUUGAAAGAGUUGGACCAGCUUGAUGUUGACAAGUCUAGUAUUACAAAGGAUGAUUUGCCUUUGGAUAUUUCUCAAAGUUGGAAAUAUGACCGGUUAGUCAAUGGAAUGUUGGACGCGUCCACUACCGAGCAAAGCGAGAUAGUGGAGCACACUGACUAG